GAGUGCUGCGAUCUCCUGUGGACGAGGCGGAUCGCUCGGAUUGACGCGGGUCAACCUACCGUGUCCACUCGAAGGAGCCUUGAGCUCCUUUAUAAACUCAGCCUUGAAAUAUUUAAACCCAUUAUCACAUCCCAACUCCCGUAAGGAGAAAAACUAUUUUCCAUUAUGACCAUCGAAAUUCCUGCCGCGGAGCCUGCAAGCGUACUUUCAGAAAUCGAUAAAUUGAUUUCUACUCUGCAAAACAUUAAAACGAGUGUGUCAGACUUGAAGCGCAACCACAAUGCCGUGAAUAUCGAUUCACGCAAGGCUCUCCAGUCUUGUUGGGAUGGCGUCGACAAGUUGACAAGCAUGCUUGCUCCGCCACAGGACGUACUUACCUUGAUUGUGGGCAGCUGCUUAGAGUCAAAAGCAUUGACAGCAGCGGCAGACCUCGGCAUUGCGGAUGCGCUUAAAGAUUCGGAGUUGUCAAUUGAUGAAAUUGCUAAACUGGUAGAUGCUGAUCCGAGGAAAUUGCGACAAAUCCUCUCACUGCUUGCCAACCGCUCCGUCUUUAUCCAAAAUGGUGAAAAGUUUACCAACAAUGCCAUUUCGUCGUCCUUAAGGACGGACCAUCCUAAAAGCAUGAGAGAUUUUGUGCUUCACUGGGGCCAUGAUAGUUACCGUGGUGCCAACCGGCUUGCUGAAGCUAUUCGGCUUGCCAAUGCAAGUAAAGCUCCGUGGGAACUGGAAAUGGGAAAGAGCUUUUAUGACUGGAUUCAUCAGCCGGAAAAUGCUGCUUUAUCGACACGCGUGAACGGUGCGAUGUCGAAUUACAGUAAUGGUUUGCAAGACGGGAUUGUCGAAGACUUUGAUUGGUCUAUUCUCGGCGAGAAGGCCACGCUAGUGGAUAUUGGCUGUGGGGUUGGAGCAGUUGAUCUUGCCCUGUGCAAACGAUGGCCAAAUCUCACUUUCGAACUUCAGGAUCUUCCAAGCGUCAUUGAUGACGCUAAAAAGUUUUGGGCGAAAGAAGACGCCGAACUGUGUUCUCGCGUAACUUUUACUCCUCAUGACUUCUUCCAGCCUCAAAGUGGUCGACACCGACAUUUCUUGAUUAAGCAGUGCCUCCACAAUUGGAGCGAUGUUGACUGUCUACGAAUCCUUCGCCACAUUCGCCAAGCCAUCUCUGAAGACGGUCGUUUCUUCGCCGCCGAGUUUGUAAUGACCGCUACCUCCAACCGUGUCAAGCACAUGGUAGAUGUCAACAUGCUGACCCUAGUGAACUCUCUGCAAAGAACAGAGGAGCAGUUUAAGAAGUUGUUUUACGACGCGGGAUUCCGGAUUGUGGAUGUGCAUGAAAACAGGAGUGCGAUUAGUAUCGUGGAGGCUAUCCCGAUCUAGAUGAUAUUAUUGGUAUAGGGCCAAAAAAAUGGACCUGCUUUAAAUAUACGCUUGGCGAUGAUGGACA